UACUCAAUUUUAUCUUUUUGCACUCAAUCUAGUGGUCAAGCCUUGUGUGCAUAAUAAUCAGCUCCCGUGACAAAUGAUAAAUGCAAUCGGCGCCCUCUCUCUCACGUCCCUGCACUUAUUACCACCCACCACACCGUCAAACCCAUCCCUUUUUCUCUCUUCCUCCUCCACCAUUUCUUUAUUGUUUAUUUUAGUUCUUUCAUUCUUCUUCUUCUUCUUUUUUUAAAUCACAGGCUCACUGAUCAUCUCCAUCUUAAAACACUGGGCAGUGCGUUUCUCUUUAUCACAAUCUCAUCAGCUGCCAAUAUUGUUUCUCUAAUUAUGGGGAAAAAGAGCAGUUGGUUGUCAUCUGUUAAAAGAGUAUUCAAAUCCAACAGCACCAAAGAACCAGAACCAAAGAUAGUGCAAGUGGAUGAGGAGAUGCCGGAGAUUGUACAAGUGGAGCAUUUUCCCGGGGAGACAUCGCCAGAUAUGACCAAUGAUGUGGAUGUGGAUGUGUAUGUAGAGGGGGAUGGGGAGGAGGAGGAGGAGGAGAGAGAACGGGCAAGGGUGGUGGCGGAGGCGACGGCAGCUGCUGCUCAGGCGGCGGUGGUGGCCGCUAGAGCGGCUGAGAGGGUUGUCCGGCUCGCCGGAGGUUAUGGCCGUGUUUCCAGAGUGGAAGAUAAGGCUGCUGUUCUUAUUCAGUCCUGUUACCGUGGCUACCUGGCCCGUCGUGCCCUGCGUGCGCUGCGAGGUCUAGUGAGAUUGCAAGCGCUGGUGCGCGGGCACAACGUGCGGAAACAAGCGCAGAUGACGAUGCGGAGCAUGCAAGCGCUGGUGCGAGUGCAGGCCCGUGUACGCGCGCGCAGACUUCAGCGCUUGCGCGACAAGGACCCGCAACAUCUCUUUCACAACGCCAGAACCAGCAUGCACCAACAUGAGGUCGACAAAGAAUCAGAUCAAGAGGAGAAGAUGAUCAAUAGUAGUGAAGAUGGAAACAUAAUGAUGAUGAAGGACAUGGGAAUGAGUUGGGAUGGAAGAAAGCAAAGCUUAGAGACUAUCAAAGCUCAUUCUAUGAGGAAACAUGAUGCUCUUAUUAAAAGGGAAAGAGCACUUGCCUAUGCUUUUGCUUGCCAGAGGCCGGAGAUGGAGAAACCACAGUGGGGAUGGAACUGGUUGGAGCGUUGGAUGGCAACACAGCAAUGGCAAUGCCGAAACUCUGCACCAGAACAGCACCCUGAAACUUCAUUUACUACCAUGACAAGCACUGAUGAUCUUUCUGAAAAAACAGUGGAGAUGGACACAGGACGCACAUCCUUUCCUAACAAUUCAUCCAGUUAUAAUAAUAAUAAUAAUAAUUAUAAUGACGACAAUAUUAUUAGUAAUAAUAAUAAUGGACGGAGAAAUGUUCCAAGUUACAUGGCAGCCACAAAGUCAGCAAGAGCCAAGGUGAGAACAAGCAACGAAUUACAUCAUCAAGGUGGCCAAAUGAGGAACAGAGGGCAUUAUGGUAAUUGGCCCCGUGUGCAUGCACGACGCCAGCAAACUGGUUAUAGUCCGGACUCAAGCUGCGGUGGGGGAGGCGGCGGUCUCGACGGCGAUGAUCUAACGCCACCGCGUGGCCGGAGAAGUUUGUAUGUUUGAUUAUGGUGUGGAGACCUUAAGUUGGAUGUGAGAACAUAUAUAUAUAAUAAGUUAUCAGUUAUGUAUGUAUUUGCAUGGUUGAACAUGUUGAUUUAUGAAAUGUCUGUGUGGUUUUGGAUGGGAGUUAAUAAGAUACGUGUAUGUAUGUAUGUAUGGUAGGAGGGAUGUAGUAGUUUAUUAUGGUGGUGUAUGAAAGACAUGCAUCUUUGAAUUUAUUUC